GCGGCGCUGGAGGGCGCGGAGGGACCGGGCCUUCCCGCGGGCGCAGCGCACGCUCUGCGACCCGCCUUGGAGGCGCUCCUGGAGAAGCGGCCGCGGGAGGCCCUCCGGGCGCUGGAGCCGCUGCUGCGGGAGGAAGGGCGCGCCCGGCCGAGGCGGCUGCUGGCCCUGGGCGAGGCCCUGCAAGAGGAAGGCUGGGCGCAGCGCCCCGACGGGAUGCCCCUGGACGAGCUGCGCCCGCUGCUGGAGAAGGCGCUGGGCCUGGCGAGGAAGGCGACGAGCUGGCCUGCUGCCGCCCUGGAGAGCGCUCUGCGGGCAAGCCCGCUGGAGGAGGAGGCAGCUCUGGCUCCGAAUGGGACCUUGCCAAAAGGCCUCCUCGGGGAGGUGGGACAGGGGCACGGGGCCCCGCAAGAGGCCCCUGCAGAGACUUCCCCAAGAGGCCCCCACCAGGAGCAUCUUGCGCCAGAAAAGAUCGUGGCCGCUGACUUCGGGUCUCCCCUUCCAAAGGAGGUGGGUGGGCUGCAGGGGGAGGAGGAUGCUCCCUCGUUGGAGAAGGCGCCAUGGGGGAAGGUGGAGGACCUUCAGGAUGCUCUGCGAGAAACCACCAGGAGGAAGAUGGGUGCUCUGUCCUGCAGCUUGCUGGACCAGGGCCCCCGGAAAUUGUGCAGCCACCUCCACCGCCUUUGCCGCCAGUGGCUGCAGCCAGAAAGGAACACAAAGGCGCGGAUGCUAGACCUGGUGAUCCUGGAGCAGUUCCUGGCUGUCCUGCCCCCCGAGAUGGAGAGCUGGGUGCGGGAGUGUGGAGCAGAGACCAGCUCCCAGGCGGUGGCCCUUGCCGAAGGCUUCCUCCUGAGCCAGGCGGAGGAGCAGAAGGAGCAGGGAGAGAUGCAGGUGGAUCAGGUCCAGAGGCUCGACUUCAAGUCAGUCUCUGAAAACCCAGAGGAAAGGAGGGAUCUGCUCGAUCCUUUCCAGGAGCUGCUGCUCAGGGGGAUCUUCCGUGAAGAUCAAAGUCCGGACGCCUCCUCUGGGGAUGAAAAGUCAGCAUGCGUAGGUUCUUUUCCCUUCUCUGGCGGAGUUGAAAGCGCAGUUGAACCCCCACCUCAGGUUCUGGUGUCUUUUGAGGAGGUGGCUGUGUAUUUCUCUGAGGAGGAGUGGUCUCGGCUUGAUCCCGACCAAAAAGCCCUGCACAGAGAAGUCAUGCUGGAGAACUCCAGGAAUGUGGCCUUUCUGGGGAAUAAUGUGCAAGAGAACAAGGAAGCCUUCCAAAUAUUCAGGCCUGAAGAGAGAAGAGAGGAGUUUGCAAAUCCGAUGGAACCAAAAGGGCAGGAUGGAAAUCUGUCAAAAAAUGGGAGUAAGAGCAGGUCAAGUUUCCCAUCCACUGAAAUUCAAGACUUUCUUCCCAAACAAGAUCAGAAAGAAAAAAUAAAAGUGGAAAGUGUGGAAGCAUCCGAAGAGGGCUUCGAUUUAGACGAACGUAACACAAUUCACACUAAAGAGGAUCUAUGCCAAGAGGAUGAAAAAAAUUACAGUUGGACUUCUAGCCUUUCUUUACGUGGAAAAGCCAACAUGGGAAAUAAACCAUAUAAAUGUACAGAGACUGGAAAGCAUUUAAGUGAGAGCAGUUCCUUUACAACCAGUGAAAGGAUCCACUCAGGGGAGAAACCAUAUAAAUGCGUGGAAUGUGGAAAGAGUUUCAGCCAGCGUGGUAAUCUUAAUUCGCAUAAAAAAAUCCAUUUAGGGGAGAAACCAUAUAAAUGCGAAAAGUGUGGAAAGAGCUUUACCCAAAACUUCCAACUGACUUGCCAUCAGAGGAUCCACACAGGUGUGAAACCAUAUAAGUGCAUGGAGUGUGGAAAAAGCUUUACUCAGAAGGGUAAUCUUAAUUCGCAUAGAAUGAUUCACACAGGUGAGAAACCAUAUAAAUGUAAAGAGUGUGGAAAGAGCUUUACCCAAAACUUUCAACUAACUUCCCAUAACAAAAUCCACACAGGGGAGAAACCAUAUAAGUGCACAGAGUGUGGAAAGAGCUUUACUCAGAAGGGUAAUCUUAAUUCCCAUAAAAUGAUACACACGGGCGAGAAACCAUAUAAGUGCAUAGUGUGUGGAAAGAGCUUCAGGUGGAACACUCAGCUUACUUCCCAUAAAAGGAUCCACACAGGGGAGAAACCAUAUAAGUGCAUGGAAUGUGGAAAGAGCUUUACUCAGAAGGCUAAUUUUAAUUCCCAUAAAAUUAUUCACACAGGGGAGAAACCAUAUAAAUGUGAAGAAUGUGGAAAGAGCUUUACCCAAAACAUUCAACUUGACUUCCUAUCAGAGGAUACAGAAAGGUUAAAAGCCGUAUAUGUGCAUGGAAUGUGGAAAGAGCUUCGGGAGCACUCAGCUUACUUCCCGUAAAAGGAUCCAUACAUAAGGGAGACCAUAUAAAUGCAUGAUGUGUGGGAAUACCUUCAGUGAGAGCAUUUCCCUUACCUUCCAUAAAAGGAUCCACGCAAGAAAAAAUACAUAAGUGCACGGAGUGUGGAAAGAGCUAUAGUCAAAAGCUUCAAUUUACUUCCCAUAAAAGAUCCACACAGGAGAAACUGGAUAAAUGGAUGAAUAAAGAUUAAAAGCAUUUCCACAGCCAUAGAAUGAUUCACACGGGAGAAACUAUAUAAGUGCAAAGUGUGUGGAAUGAGAUUUACUCAGAAAACUCACCUGACUUCCCAUCAGAAUAUCCACACACGGGAGAAGCCAUAUAAAUGCAUGGAGUGUGGGAAGACCAUUGGUGAGAGCAGAUCCCUUUCCAUAAAAGGAUCCACACAGG